UCUGCAUUCCCCUCCUCUCAGCCAACAGGGAUUCUCCCAUAUUCAGGCUGAUUACCAGAACAGUGUCGGGGGCUCACAGUCUCCAGGGGCCCCUAACCCAGUGCACGGCCAGAACCCUGACUGGGACAGCGAGUACUGCAACAGGGACUGUGGACCCAACCACUGCAGCAGUGGCAUGGGAGCUCGGGACAAGCCUCUCUACCUCACUUGAAGUUGAAAGACCUCCAAAUGUCAGACUCCAGGGAGCGUUCCACCAUAACAACAACGUCAUCGAUGUAUCUGCUUUUACACCAUUUUGUUUUUCUUUUUUUUUGUGACGGAUUUCGAAAAUCCCAAAGACUGCUACAGUAACUUCACCUAUUUGCCAAGCACUUAGAUCGGCCAGAAGCCUGAGGCACUUCUCUUGCAUUUUUUUCUCUUGCUUUUUUCCUUAUCAGCGAACUUUCCAUUUUUCUGUGGGGGCAGUGAGCUUUAAGCUCAUGCCAACAUACUGGAAAUGAAGACCAAAAAAAAAAAGUCUUCUUAUUCUCUUUUGAAUUUUUUAAAGAUGCUCUCUCUCCUCUUCACUCCAUUACUCUGUGUUUGCCAUGGACUGCCCUCAUUGGGGAGAUGAAAUGCUCUAAGCAUACUCAAAGCGUAGGGGUCUUGGGGUAGAAAAGCUAAUGCAGGAAACUAGAAUAUAGUCACCUCAGCAGGGGUGGAUGUACUUCAGGACAGACUGAAACACCCCGACUGAGUAAAAGCAAAGUGAAAUCAUAAUGAAGAUAGUCACAUACACUUAAGACAUUUGUAAAUCAUCCUCGCCCCCUAGUAAAGGACUCCCUCUUUUCCUUUCUUUCUCACAGAGUGAUUGUAAAUAUCACCAAAAUUGAUCCCUCUUAUCUGUGUAUUUAGCUGCAGUCCCUUGCUUUCUUUUUUUAAAACAUUACUUUUGUUUGGUUUUGUGACUUUCGUGCAGGCGGAUUCAGUGAGGGAAUACACACACUAAAAGUUGUGUGGCAACUGUGUUCACUGGUCUUGUUUCUCUAUAAACGAGAGAGAAAUGCAAAGACUGUAAAACGCUCCAUUUCCUCCUUAACUGGCGGAGCUCUGAUAGAGAGUGUCACUCUCGUCACAUGGCCUCAGGACGUUACAGAACUGUAGAGGUCAAAGGUUGAUACCUCUCCUUUUAGCUCAUCCUCCUCUUGGUCAAUAAGGACCGCCCCCCCCCCCACCUGUAACCCCGCCCACCUACCCUUAGUCCUGACACCACUUGUACAGGUGAAUUAAAAAAAAAAAAGUUGCUAAAUGUGAAAUGUUACUAAAGAAAAAAAAACAUAACAGUGGGUUUUAAAGUUUUUGACUAGUUUUAUUAGGUGUUUUAGAAUUGUGUUGAACUUAUCUUUAUCAUUUUUUGUGAAGACAAAAAAAUUCUGAAGAUAUUUUGUUUUUUCAUUGUAGCAGGAUUUGCGUUUCGGAGGAACAGUCAUGGGGGUAGAUAUUUUAAGUUUGUGUAUAAACCUGCCAAAUGUACUUCUUUAAUUUGUAAAGCCAGUGAUGAGAGAACCCAUUUUGUUUUGUUGAAAAUCACAUGUUUUACAAUAUGGUCAUUCUAUUUAAUUUGGUUGCAGUUUUCACAUCUAUUUAUGAAUGAUAUGAAGUAACGUUUUGGCUUAUUUUUCAUCAGGGUGCAUUAUUAUUAUUAUAAUUAUUGAUCAAACAACAUGAUUAUUAGAAUAAUAAAUAUUUUUUCAGAAAUUGUUGUUGGUGCAAUACAAGUGUACCAGCAUUAGAUUCAUUUUGAGUCACAAAUACUUCUUUUGUUUUCUUUUGUCUGUAAUAAAAUGUUUAAAGUGGAGAAA